UCUAGCUUAAUAAUCAUCGCUUGUUUUGGUAUAUAUUUUUUUUUCUUUUUAAAUUAAAAUCUCCUUUAGGUUGUUGUUGACGAAGAAGAAGAACCCAGAAUUUUACUCUUCAAUGGCUUACGUCGAAGGAGGUGUGGUUAAAGCGAAGCGACCAAUAUGGAGACUGAGGACGAUCAAAGAUUUUUUCUUGUCCAUCAUUAAUCUGAUACAAGUCUUCUUUAUGACCAUGUUCUCGAUGGAGAAAUCAGAUGCUUACAGGAAAGGUUCUAAGGCUAACAAGAAGUGGGGUGGNGAAGAAAUUUUCAUAUGGUUUGUGGAAGAUGUCACACUUAAGCAAAGUUUAAAACGUUUGAGAAAAUUUAUAUUGGGAGAGAGGGAUUUGAUGAUUUGA